GCGCGCGUGCGUGUCGGGUUGUGUGUGUGCUCGUGUGCAGAUGUGUAUGUGUGUGUCUGUAUGUGUGUGUGUGUGUGUGUGCGCGCGCGCGCGCACCCAGGGCCUGAGAGCCAGGCAGACCCCAGGAAGGAGGAGUUAUGUAGAUCACGGAUGAACGUUCUGGAGGGGAGCGACGAGAGGAGGGUAGGAGAAGCAGAGGCGAGAGAGCGAGGAGCGGCCGAGGCCCUUCCCGCAGAAGCAAGAGGCAGUAGCGGCGGCGGAGGAGUGGGUGGUGAAGGAGCAGGAAGAGGGGGACGGGCAGGCUGGAGGCGGCGGCAGCUGCUGCGGCUGCGAUUCGGUGCUUUGAGCCUGAGCCGCGGGUGAACUUGGGCGCCACGUUCCCGGGGACUGGCCCACGAGGAUGGUGAAUGUGAGCUCCUACUGAUCCUACCUCCGCCGCUGCUUCUCUGGAAGCUGCCGAGCGCGAGGGCCCUCUAUCUCUUCCUCUUGCCCGGCUGUGGGUGAACCUGCAGGCUCCUUACCCACCCAGAGGACUUUUUUUUGAAAGGAAACCUGGGAGGGAGGGAGAGGGAGAGAGGGAGAAAACGAAGGGGAGCUCGUCCAUCCAUUGAAGCACAAUUCACUAUGAUCUUACUCACAUUCAGCACUGGAAGACGGUUGGAUUUCGUGCAUCAUUCGGGGGUAUUUUACUUGCAAACCUUGCUUUGGAUUUUAUGUGCUACCGUCUGCGGAACGGAGCAGUAUUUCAAUGUGGAGGUUUGGUUACAGAAGUACGGCUACCUUCCACCCACUGACCCCAGAAUGUCCGUGCUGCGCUCUGCAGAGACCAUGCAGUCUGCUUUAGCUGCCAUGCAGCAGUUCUACGGCAUUAACAUGACAGGAAAAGUGGACCGGAACACAAUUGACUGGAUGAAGAAGCCUCGAUGUGGUGUACCUGACCAGACAAGAGGUAGCUCCAAAUUUAAUAUUCGUCGAAAGCGAUAUGCAUUAACAGGACAGAAGUGGCAGCACAAACACAUCACUUACAGUAUAAAGAACGUAACUCCAAAAGUUGGAGACCCUGAAACCCGUAAAGCUAUUCGUCGUGCCUUUGACGUGUGGCAGAAUGUAACUCCUCUGACAUUUGAAGAAGUUCCCUACAGUGAAUUAGAAAAUGGCAAACGCGAUGUGGAUAUAACCAUCAUUUUUGCAUCGGGCUUUCAUGGGGACAGUUCUCCCUUUGAUGGAGAGGGAGGAUUUUUGGCACAUGCUUAUUUCCCUGGACCAGGAAUUGGGGGAGAUACUCAUUUUGACUCAGAUGAGCCAUGGACACUAGGAAAUCCUAAUCAUGACGGAAAUGACUUAUUUCUUGUAGCAGUUCAUGAACUGGGGCAUGCUCUGGGAUUGGAGCAUUCCAAUGACCCUACUGCCAUCAUGGCUCCAUUUUACCAGUACAUGGAAACUGACAACUUCAAACUACCUAAUGAUGAUUUACAGGGCAUCCAGAAGAUAUAUGGUCCACCUGACAAGAUUCCUCCACCAACAAGACCUCUACCAACAGUGCCCCCACACCGCUCUAUUCCUCCGGUUGACCCAAGGAAGAAUGACCGACCCAAACCUCCCCGACCUCCCACUGGCCGACCUUCCUAUCCUGGAGCCAAACCCAACAUCUGCGAUGGGAACUUUAACACUCUAGCUAUUCUUCGCCGUGAGAUGUUUGUUUUCAAGGACCAGUGGUUUUGGCGAGUGAGAAACAACAGGGUGAUGGAUGGCUACCCCAUGCAAAUUACUUACUUCUGGAGAGGCUUGCCUCCUAGUAUCGAUGCUGUUUAUGAAAACAGUGAUGGGAAUUUUGUCUUCUUUAAAGGGAACAAAUAUUGGGUGUUCAAGGACACGACCCUGCAACCUGGUUACCCUCAUGACUUGAUGACUCUUGGAAGCGGAAUUCCCCCCCAUGGUAUUGAUUCAGCCAUUUGGUGGGAGGACGUUGGGAAAACCUAUUUCUUCAAGGGGGACAGGUAUUGGAGAUAUAGUGAAGAAAUGAAAACCAUGGAUCCUGGCUAUCCCAAGCCAAUCACAGUCUGGAAAGGUAUCCCUGAAUCUCCUCAAGGAGCCUUUGUGCACAAAGAAAAUGGCUUUACGUAUUUCUACAAAGGAAAGGAGUAUUGGAAAUUCAACAACCAGAUACUCAAGGUAGAACCUGGAUAUCCCAGAUCCAUCCUCAAGGAUUUUAUGGGCUGUGAUGGACCAACAGACAGAGAUAAAGAAGGACACAGCCCACCAGACGAUGUAGACAUUGUCAUCAAACUGGACAACACAGCCAGCACUGUGAAAGCCAUAGCUAUUGUCAUUCCCUGCAUCUUGGCCUUAUGCCUCCUUGUAUUGGUUUACACUGUGUUCCAGUUCAAGAGGAAAGGAACACCCCGCCACAUACUGUACUGUAAACGCUCUAUGCAAGAGUGGGUGUGAUGUAGGGUUUUUUCCUUUCUUUCUUUCUAGGAGUUUGUGGUAACUUCAGAUUCAAGACAAGAGCUGUUAUGCUGUUUCCUAGCUAGGAGCAGGCUUGUGGCAGCCUGAUUUGGGGCUGACCUUUCAAACCCAGAGGGUUGCUGGUCCUGCACAUAAGUGGAAAUGCACUCGUGGGGAAGCUUCCAUGAUGCACAGUAUCUGCCGUUCUUCAGUCCUUUGUCUUUCUUUGUCAUUCAGUUCUAGGCCUUUCCUCUGCACGCUCAACGCCCAGUAAAAUUUCAGGAUUACCUACAGAAGAGGAAAAGAAGAAAAGAUUCUUCUUAAAGGUUUCUAAUAUUGUUUCUUUCUGAAGUCUGAGCCCAUUUCUGGGGGAGGGGGGAAACAAAACGGAAAACCCACGAAUUUUUGCUUUACAGCAAGGAAAAGAAAAAGGUUAAACAAAAAACCUACAAUUGAACUUUCAGGAAAGUGUGAAGACCCAAAACAGCUUUGUCUCCAAAGAAGAUAGCUCUUUGACUGCUAUGGAUAAUCUCCUCCACUUCUUUUUGUCGGGUAGGAGACCGGGAUACACAUGCAGGACUUUAGACUGUUGGGACAGCCAUUUUCCAACAAACAAGGGGCCAAAAUAUCUGCAAUAUAGUAACAGCCUUAAUAAUACAUCCAUUUUUCAUUUUAUACAGCUGUUCUCAGCUAUGUCCUCAAUGUUUCAUCACAUUUAUAUUAACAACUAUAUUCAACUAGGAUCUUUUAAUUGUUUUGAAGUGUUUCUAAACCCCUUCCUGCCACCUUAUCCCUACAUCAGUGUGAUAAUCUCCAGAAGUUGUAAUAGGCCAUUGCCCCAGGCCUUCCAUGGGUCUGUCAGGAAUAUUCAUUAUAAUUGGAGCAAGAAUCAGUAUGUCUUUAAAGUGGUUUAAAGUGACAGUUAUUUUAUAAGGAUAUGUGACACUAGUAGUAGAUUGGUGUAACCCUUUGAGAACUAUCAAAUCAGAUUUCAGAGUCUUAGGAUCUGGUAAAUUAUAGGACUGGGCAAUGGUUAAAACAUGCACAGGUUCAAGAAGUUCAGGUUUUUAAAACAGAUAUCCUAUAACCCCAUGUAAUUUUUAAGUGAUUUACAGUACUACACAAGUGCAUUUAUAAUGACUAGAAAUGAUGUUACUUGCCAAUAUUUUCUGGCAAAUAAAAAGGUAUUUUAUUAAAUAUCUUCUAAGAGUGAAAUUUUAUUUCAGCAACUGAUUAUAACAGCCUGUCUUCUUUGUUGUUUUUGCUAGACACAUUUAAUUUCUGUUUUAAAAUCCAUUGCAUGAAAAUUCAGUUUGCCAUGGUACAUGCCAUUAGCAUUGCCAUCUUAAGAAUGAACUAAAAUGAUGACUCUGAGAUUGCAUGAAUAUCCUCCAGUGUAUUAGCUAUUGCAUGUCAACCAUAGUUCUCAAAGGGUUCAUGUGGCUUCUGGCAUUUAGCCAUUCAGUUGAUCACUGACAGAGCCAAGAGACCACCAAAGCAUUUCAUUGUUGAGUGUAAUUUGUCCUAACAGCAGUAUUGUCAUUUUCAUGUGACCUGCAGAGCAGGUUUGUAUCAAUAUUUUUUUCCUAGAGAAAAGUCAGCAACUGACAGACCUCUUUAUUGAUUUUUAGGAGCUGCUUCUUGCAGUGAAAGGCUUUACAGCCACUGAGCUGUGAACUUAUUAGAGAUGGUCAGAACGAACGCACCCCAUGAGUCAGACAUUGGCUUUGUGUGAAAGCCAGCUUUUGAGGGGAUUAGCUUUUGAAACAAUGAACAGCUUGCCUUGAACUUGAUUAUUAAUCUGUUGACUGUCAUUAACAACUUAAACAUCAUCUUCUGUGAAAAUUUUCCUUGAUGAGUCCUGUUCUAUGUCUUUGCCCUUUGACCUUUAACUUGCAAACUGGCACAAACUGAAGGUAAUCUGGUGUUGCUUCUCCAUUGGAGUGUUAAUUGUUCUCUAAAACCUAGUAAGCAUGAGCUGUUUCCUUAGAGUGGAGAGAGAAUGUUGUUGGUGGAUCCUCAAUUAGACAAUUUUCUCUUUACAUGCACACUUUAAAAAUGCCCUAUAGAAAGAAGUGACUUUUGAUUUUACUUUAAUAUAAUUUCAAGUCUAAAUUCAUCAUUUUAGUACAAAUAUGAAACUAUAGGGGGAAAAGAAAAACCUCAAAAUACUUGAAUGGCCAGUGUGGCUUUUAUAUAAAGCAGGAAUUUUAUACUAGUAAAAAAAUUUCUUACUCAUUUGCUAAUAAUACACAUUUCCAGAUGAUUUUUAAUGAGUGUAAGUAUACAUUCUUAUUUGGAAAUGGAUAGUUUGGCUGCCUUGAAUUUGUAUUUAUACUCAACAUAGCAUGAUAAUUAGAAUGCCUUUCAGUUAAACUACAUGUUUAUGAUUUGGUUGGGGAAAAUAUUUGUAAUCAUGGAUGGUGUGUUGCAAAGCCUUGCAGAUUGUUAAUUCUUACAUCCUGAAUGUACAUAAUGUAAGGCUAAGAAAGAAAGAACAAUUAUAAAAGAGUAAUGGCUUUACUGCAAAACUUGUACAAUGCAGGCUGUAUUUUGACAAUUUGAUGGAGAUUAUGUAUUGAGGGCCAAGAUAACAAGGGAAAAGGACCAGAAUCAUCCCUGUAGCUUUACUUCAGUGCUUCCAUUGGAUGAUGCUGAUUUUAUAAAGGCUUAAUCACUUCUACUGAGCAUGAAGAAAGUACUAUAUACAUAAGCUCAUUUAUACAAUGUUUGCUUGUGGGAUGGUUUCAUCUUUUUAAAGAUGCCAAGAAAAAAAAUAACUGGAAAUUGUAUUUUGCUAAAGAUUGAAAGAAGGAACUAUGCCAUUUUGGGAUAUAUGUAAAUCAUUGAGGAAUACCAUUGACCUGCAUUGAAAAUUGAUUUUGUUUUUUCCUCUAAAAUGAGAAAGAAACUAAAGAAGCAGUCUUUUGCCUCUUUACUCAUUUGUCACAAUAUCCUGAUUCAUCAUAAGACUAUAAAGUAUAUAAGGGCUAGAAAAUAACCAUAGCAUUAAGAAGGGGAAAACUCUACCAUUAUGCUUGAAUUCUGAAAAUGUCAUGGAUGAGUGUCGAAUCAUAUUUACUUCAAUAUGAGAUGAGAUUUAUGUGAUAAGGAAAAGCAUAUAUGGCUUCUCGCUUACUGGAACAUUUAAAUUUUUGGCCUGUGAGACUACACAAGAUAAGAAAGCAUUAAGUACAACAUAAUCACAAACAUUGGAAUUCUGUUUGCUUCAUUGUACACUAGGCACUUUGCAAGUAUGGUUGCUAACUCCUUUUCCAGGUGGGGUUUGGAGAAGAAAAUGUCAAGCUUAAUGAAACAGUGAAAGGUAGAGUGACUAAUUAGUCUAGCACAUAAAAAUAGUGAUUCAAAAACAAUGUGAAUAAUAAAUGAAACAAUAUAAUGUACAAGUUCACGAUCGGUAGAGAUAUACAACCUAUCAAAUAUUUUUUCAACAUUGCAUAACUGAUAGCAUGGAAAGUUCAGACCUAGGGUUUCCCAAAUUGAAAUGAAAACACAGUCACAAAAAAUAAUUCUCCCAUUUCAUUAUUUCUCAUUACUUUAAUAUAAAUGCAAAUGCAAACAAGGUAAUGUUUAUUACACAAAUUAACUAUAAUUAUAAUUUUAGCCAAAUAUCAUUGUUCUAUAUAUUGUUAACUGGACUGAAUGAAGUAUUAAAUUAGCCAAUCAGGCUGUAUUCUCUAUAAAGCAGAAAUUCCACAUCAGACCUGUGAAAAGAGGUUGUGAAUUUAACUACUGACCUGUUUCAGAACAAAGUAUCUGCUGACAUGGAGUCAGAACAGGUGAAUACAGAUGCUCUUUAUAACUGCAAAGGUAACAAGGAUAAACUGGAGAACAUUAUAUGAUACUAGUAAAGACAACUUCUGUUAUAAAUCAGAGGGCUAGGCUUUUCUGAGUGAGAUGUAAUAAAUUACUAAGUAAUAAUUUACAAAAAAUUAAUUACUAAGUAAUAAAGGAUAGAGACCGAUUUAGUGGAAAAAACAAAUGUUCUCUUUACCAUUAGAUUGCUUGUAAUCUUUUCCUAUUGACAUACAAUUUGUCUGUUUUAUAUAAUAUAUACUUGUUUUUAUUCACUUUCUGUGGAUGGUUAAAAAACACAAUGUGAUGGAUGAGAACAUUGCCCAACAUAAUGGUAGUUCCAAUACAUGGAUGUUGUGUAUAUACUGGAUCCUCGGGAUAGUAAUAUAAUACUUGCAAGUUCUACAUAUUAUACUAGUAUCUUCAGUAUGCACAAAGACACACUCACACUUUGUAGAUCUAACCAUAGACUAAGCAAUGUGUCCAUAUUGACUAAACUCAAUGUGCUACCUGAAGAGGACAGAUGUUAUACCCAAAUAGACUGAAUUAACACGAGUCAUGAAAAUACCUUUUUUAGGUUUUGGAAUUAUUUCUAGAAACUAAUAAAGGCAGUGACUUAUUGAUAGCUUUGAGUCUAUGAGAUUGUGAUGUAUACUAGCACAACCUUAUUGAUGAUGGUAAAAUCUUCUCGGCAAACAUAGCAGAGUUCGUUUAAUUUUUGAUUCGCUCAAGAACACAUUCCAAAAUAUCAGAUGUCAAACAGGACAUGCCAUCUAAAUAAAAAAUGUUAAAUUCAGAUGAGUUAUUACAAAUAGCCUUGAGUAGAGUCUUACAAAAUCACAAAAGGGUUUGUGUCAAUAGUAUUAGAGAAUCUAAACAUUUCAUUGCAUUUCAUGUUCCUUUAUGAUUGAUUUAAUGUGACCACAGCUUAUGACUGCCAGAACAUAUGUAUCUUAAUGUUGCCUAGUAGGGAACCAUAGCCAGAUCAGAGAAGUUCUAUUUAAAAAAAUAUAAAUUCAUCAACAUAAUAAAAAUGUCAUAAUAAAGAAUACAACAACCAGGCAUAGCACCACACCAUAAAUAUAAAAGCUACAUGUUAAAUUCAUUAUAUAUCAUGGAAAUUAAUGAAGAGGAAAAAUGAGUCUUUUGUAAAAUAUGAAAACAUACUUUAGUACUCCUUAAUACAACUGGAAAUUUUUCUUUAGCAAGUAUAAAAGUAGUAGAAAAAAAUGUAUAACUUCAAGCUCUUCACAUUAGUGAUGAGUAUGUGAUAUAUCAAUGUAUAUAAUUAGCCAGUGGUCAUUAGAUGUUACCCUGCAUAAACACAUCUGAUAUUCAUGCAUUGCCUUCUAGGCUAAAGAUGUCAAAGUUAGAUUUUUUAACCUCAAUUGAAAGAUAUAUACAAUGUUAAAAUUUCCUGAGAAAAGCCAUGUCCCUAGGAUAGAAAUUUACCUCAAUAAUCACAUAACACAAAGCACUUGGCGGAGUAGCAAAGAAGUUGCCUUAGUGUUUUAGUCUCACCUACUUGUAACCUUUGUCUUUCAUAUGCUACUCAAAUCAUUUUUAAUUUGUUGCUUUUGUGUAAUUUUCAAAUGAUUCUGAUAUAUGUCAGAUCAGAUUAAUAACAUCCAAUAACAAAUAUCUCUUCCAAUAUUUUAUACAUAUAUCUACUUUGACAUUUAAACCAAUAGUAUAGAAAGCCUAAGAAUGAACACUGAUUUGACAAAUUCAAAGAAAUUGAGUGAAAAACAGAUUUGAUAUUGUAAAAUCUUUGUCAAUUUCCUAGCAGAAUACUAAAGUAUCGGCCUUUAAGUUUUAAACACAAUUGUGAGCUUACAACUGGACAUGACAUGCAUUAUUUUUUAGAAUGAUGCUAAUUCUUUAUACUAAGUAAAGGUAUAAGAUCAUGAGUGCUGUAACAAAGUACAGGCACUUGAAAUGAAAGCUUUUUUAAGGAAAAUGAAGGCAUAACCAGUAACUCAUGGUCAGUGCAUAAUAAGUAUCGAAAUUAUGUAUGGAAGAUAAUUCGAAAGAUUUAUAAACAUUCUAUGCCUUUUCAAUUUUAAGAGCAUCAUGUCUUAAAAUGUAAACACUGGACUGGAAAUAACUUUCAAGUUUGCACUUAACAAGUCCUUACAGAGCACACUGAACACUUUAGGAUGAAUACAUCAUAAACAAGAGCGUUGUGCUCUGCUAUAGAGCUGGACUUACAUGCCCUUAAAAAGGGAGAAGAACAUCAAUUAAAUAUAAAUAUGACAAUAUGAUAGUUGUGUCAUGUUAGGCCACUUAGCUUCAGAGAAAGAUGUCAUUAAUCCUUUUUUCAUAGAGAAAACCCAGAAGGAGAGUAUGGUGAAAUGAACAAAGACUUUUUGACUUACAAAGAUGUUUUUCAAGUAUCUUACCCUCUUGUUUUUGUCCAUGAACAAAUACCACUCAUGAUACAGACAUUUCUGUAGCACUUGGUCUGUAGCUAGAUUGCAUACCAGGUACUUUUGGACUUAGGCGUUUUUACACAUGCCUCAUAUAUGAUGAAGCUUCAGUGAGAUGUGACUGCAUGGUAGGAUGAUUUUUUCCUAGGAUAGAAUAUGGUGCUACUUGUACUUGCCACCUUUUAUAUGAAUGUAUGUUUCUACGUUGGCCUGUCUUGCCAAGAUAUAGAUAAAAGCCUGGUGUGAGCUGUCCAUUUGAAAAGUCACUAGAAUGCAUGUUUCAUUUGCUCUUAUAUAAUGCCAAUUUGAUCUUGUUCCCUGCUCUAUAUAUUGACAGCCCAGUUGUGAAGGUAAAAUAUACUUUUCUUGAAUGAAUGAUUCAGUCCUUAAGUCAAUGUCAUAGUUUUGCUACCACUGAAAUAUCACAGAGGCCACAUUAUUGGCUGUCUUCUCACAGUUCUUUAGUAUACAGUAUUGCCUGGGUAGAAUCAGAUUUUUAAUUCUUUUGGUCAUUUUCUUCUUUUGUAUCUGAUAUGGAAUCAUUUUUCCUUUAUAUAUUCAUGAAUAUACACAUUUCUAAACAAACAUGAUUUCCAAACAAUUCUGCUGUGUGCCUAUUUUUUAUGUUCCUUAAGUCUGGAAAUUAUUUGUUUGCUUUAUUUUUUUCAGCCCAAUAUACAGACAGUUUGGAGGGAUAUAUUAUUUUGUGUUGUUCUGUACAGUCUGUGCCUAAUUUGCAUUUCUUUUUAUUUCUACCUUGCCUCAUUUUUUUUCAAAUUUUUGAUUUGUUAUUCCCUUUCCUUUGUGAAAACAAGUAUUGAACAUCAUUGUACAUAACAUGUGUUGCCCUAAAAAUAUGCAUUUGUUCCUGGGUGUUUUUUCCUUCAUAAGCUUCAUACAAAGACUUAGUCCCAAUAAAUUUCACAUGCCUCCCAAACUCUUGCAUUGGAUACCAACUUUUCUAGAGCUAUCCCCCUGAGAAAAGUGAAAUGCUGCAUGUGAAGCCUGAUGUCUGUUGGUAAGCCAGCUAAGGAAGUUUGCUUUUGCUGAAUGUAUCUUAAAUAAUUAUACAGAAAAGUGAAUACCAUAAUAGUGUUCUGUUUAAGGUACAUCAUGAGUUCAUGAAUGCCUAAAACCUCAAUUCUUUGAUCUAUUUCCCUUUAUGUGUAAAUUACAUAUAUAUUAGAAAGAGAGAGUAAGAGAAUAAAGGAUGUUACAGUGGCAGCUUUUUGCUGCAUUGCUUUUGACUGCAUCAGCAUUUCUAUUGUGGACCUCUAUUUUCAGGGGUUUUAGAGACUCACCCAUAAAAAUUUGCUUCAGGCUUAAAGUCUUGAAAGGUUUUUUUAGGUAUAUAAUUUUAAACCAAUGUAUCUUGUUUUUAUAUUAUAGGAGGGAAAUAAAUGGAGUUUACUAGUUCAAUUUUGUGCUAAUAUAAAUUUUAAUGAACUUAAUUUUUUAAUAAAACAUAAAGUCUAAUUAGUCCAUAGAGCACUGAUGGUUUUUUAAAUGAAUCAGUUAUUGACAUAGAGAGAAUUGCCUGCUUUGUCAGUGUAGCAACCUAUCUUUAAGAUAUUUUAAAACUUAUAACAUAUUAAUAUUAUCUUGAUUCUAAUAGUGGAUCAGUAUAAUAAAGAAUGCAAUUUAUGCCAUCCAUAUGAGCUAUCUGGUAAUAUAGAUUGGAAAAUAUAUACUAUAUUUAGUAAAUAUAUAUGUAUAUAUUUACUAGAUAGGUUGGGGGGGUAGGCACUCAUAAAUUUAGUUUGUCAAAUAAAUACUAUAUAUAUUUAAAAAAAUUGCACAGACAUUUGCCCUUCAGAGUCAGAAUUAGAUGCAAGCAAUUGCAAAGGAAAGUUGUCUCUUGAGUAAAAAACACACAUUUUAUAGUUUCUUAUGAAAGCCAUUUUUUUCUAUAUUGUGGUUAUGGGAAAUUAAAGGAAUUUAAUGCAUAAAAUUAAUUCAAACUUUAUUUAAAUAACCUUAAACUGUGAAGCAGAGAGAAAUACCAGGAAAUUAAAUAUUUAGGCCAUUAUCUUUUGGUUUCUGACAAUACUUUACAUUUAUUUUAAUUCCCCAUGUUAUUUUCAGUUAUGGAGAGAGUAUUAAAAUCUAACUUUAAGUGUUUGGAUUAUUCACAUUACACUCGACACUAUUUCAUUAAGUUUUUGAUAAUAUGUAGUCUUCUGUGUGCAAGGAAAGAAAUAAAUAACACAUUUAUUUGGUGAAUGAGUUUUAAGGUUUGCAAGUUGUUACUGAUUUUUUGCUCACACAGGAUUCUAUACAUUUAUACCAUCUUAAAUCUGGCAUAUAUAUAUAUUUUUUCAGAUAGCUUCUACUGACAAACACAAAGCUUGUUUGUGUGCAAACAUAAGGCUAAAUAAAUGGUGCUAAAGUGUAUUAUGACUGUCAGAUAUAAUCAGGCAAAAUUUUUUGGUGCUUAAAUUAAUUUUUUCAUUGAUUUAUUGAUCAAUGCAUUGAACAGUGUUUAUUAUUCACAAGUUGUCUUUUAUUGGUAAAUCAAGGCCUCAUAGCACAUUGUUAAAUAAAAUGAUUGACUAGUCUAUGUAACAGCUCACCAAGCUACUAUCUAACUCCUUAUAAUGUUGCGUCAUUAAAGGUCAAGGGAUCAUGAUAUUAAUCUCAUCGCUGUAGACCAUUAACAUGACUGAACUUUUCCACAAAGUACUUAUGUUUACAAUGCUAUAACCCUUUGACUGCUGCGGCAACCUUUAACCACACAAAUGUCACAAGCUAGAAUCAUCAGCAUGGUUCUUGCCAUGGCAAUCAAAGAGUUAAGGGCUGUGCAGUGAUUUGUUUUGUAUUUAUUAAUUUAUAUUUAUUUCGUUUCCAUUCAAGGAGGGGAUUUUGGGUGGGGCAGUUUUUGUCUGCUGUAAGUGUCUUAACCUAGGGAAGGGUUAAAUGGCUUUUUAUACUAUUGCAUCUUCUGUAUUUACCAUCAAUUCAUUGUGUUGUAAUUAAAAAACUGUCAAUAAAUAAGAGAAUAGAAAAAUCAUCCAUAGGCAUUGUGGCUUUACUCAAUGAAUGAUAUACAUUCAUUUAUGAUGAAUAUUUAGGCUGUGAUAUAUAGUGGUAGCCUUUACUAGCCAUGUCUUCCUAACUGAUAUAAAACAGAAAAUAAAAACUCUAAUUUAGUGAUUUAGGCCAAAAUCUACAUUACAUCAACUGGAGAAAUGCUUAGUUGUUAACUAGAUGUCUAUGACUGUGACCAAGGACAGAGCAGGAAGCAUCACUAUAUCAAAUGCAUUUUAGGCAAGUAGCCAAGAACAUAGGCUACAUUAUGGUUUCAUCACAGCUUGACACAAAUAAAAAUUACUUUUUGGA